GAGGAUGGGAUGUGUUAGAGGGGAGAUGGGGGUCUAUAUGAAAGAGAAAUGGGAGGAGAUAGAGAGAGGAAAUGGGGAUUGUGGGAGAGGGCUGUGGAGAUAAGAGAAAAGGGACGAGUACCUGUCCUGAGAAAGGGAGGAAUGUGAAGUGAUGGGAUCAUGUUCAUACCUUAGACUAGGAGGAGAGGGGGUGGGGAUGCCAGGGCUCUGUGUAUGAAUGAGUAUGUGUGGAAAGAAAGCAUAUGUUGGAGAGAAGGUGUUUGAGGGCCACAUGUGACCUGUGGGGGAGGGGCAGGCAGAAGCUUGGUGAGUGAAUGCAUGUUAAGGGAUCAGGGGCUCUGAAUGUAUCAAAGGGUUGAUAGCAUGUAUGAAUUUGGUGAGAUGAAGCACGUGCUUCCGAACAUAUAUGAAAGGAUGGGGACAAUGUAUGCAUUUGUGUGGCAGGAGGAAUGGGUCUGUAUCAUGAAUUUGAGAUGGAAGAGUGGUUCAUGAAUGAGUAUAUUGUGAGAAAGUGUCUGUGAAUAUGUGAAGGAGGAGGAAGACCUGGACGAAUAUUGUGUGUGAGAAAGAGGGAGGAUGAAAUACAUAUGAAGGUAGGAGAGAAGGGUGUGGACAUGUUUGAACCUCUAUAUGAGGAAGACGUAUGUGUAUAUGAGAAAAGAUGUGAGGGUCAGAAAGAGACAAAGGAUUUGUGUGUGUGUGUGUGUGUGUGUGUGUGUGUGUGUGUGUGUGUGUGUGUGUAAAGAGUGGUAGAGCAGAGGGAGAGGGCCUUGUGCUAAGCACUUUAUACAUAUACCAUUUGACCUUUACUGCAACCCUUGGAAGUAGGUGCCAUUAUUAUCCCUCAUUUUAUAAUAGAGGAAACUGAAACUGAGACAAACAGAGGUUAAGUGAUUUGCCUAGCGAUACUUGGCUAGAAACGUAAGUAGCUAAGGGCAGAUUUGAACUUAUGUCUUCCUGACUCCAGCUCUAGUAUUUGAUCCUCAACACUAAAAGGAUGAUGUGUGAGGGAGGGAUGGGAUCCAUGCUUAAGAAGGUAAGAGGAUUGAUUAGGGGUAUAUGUACAGGAAAGUGAAGAUGGGUCUCUGUGUAUGUGGUAUGAGAUAGGGUCUGUGUUUAUUAGAGGAGUUUGGACAUGGCCUGUUUGUGGGUCUCAGAUGACUAUAUUAGUGAAGAGGGAUGAGGUUAUCAGGGUGUGAGGUGGUUGGGGGGAGUCUGUGCAUAGAAAAUGGGAAAGGGGAGUUUGUGUGUGAGAGAGGGAGAUCAGGGUUCUAUGUGUUGUAUGUAUGCAGAAGGAUAGAGUAUGUAUUAUAAGAGAAUAGGGAUAGCCUCAGAGCAGAUUUGCACAAUGGAUCUCUGGACUUGGAGUAAAGAAGACAGAUGCAUAGUCACUGUGUAGCUCUUGGCAAGGCACAUAACCUUUUUCAGUCUUAGUUUUCUCAUCUGUAAAAUGUUGAUGAAAAUAAUUGCAUUAAUUUUUAGUGUGGUUGGUAUCAAAUAAACCAAUAAUGUAAAGUGCUUUGCAAACCUUAAAAUGCUAUGUAAAUACUGAACCAGAUGAAGGGAGGGUCUGUGUGUGUGAGAGAGAUGAAUGGGGGAUCACAGUAGAAAUGAGAGGGUAGUCAUGUCUAAGGGGGGAAUAGCCAGAGUUUGAGAAGGAUUAAGGUUAUGGUUAUGGAUCUGUGAGUGGGUGGAGUCAGGACAUGUGUGUGUGUGUGUGUGUAUGAGAGAGAGAGAAGAGAAAUGGGGGAAUUGUGUAUGAGAGAGAGGUUGAGGAGGCCUCCCUGAGAGCCAGGGAUGGAAUUUGCAUGUAUGGAGGGUCUACGUAUGAGAGUGGGGUUGGAUAUGUAAAAAAAGGAGGGAGGAGAUGGAAGGCUCUCUUUGUGUAUGAGAAAAAGGAAUAGAAUUUAUAGGUAUAACAUCUAUAUGAGAGUGAGAUUGUGUGUGUGUGUGUGUGUGUGUGUGUGUGUGUAUGAGAGAGAGAGAGAGAGAGAGAAAGGGAGGGAAUGGAGGGAUUGUGUGAAUGAGAGAUAAGGGUAGGAUCUAUGUGUAUAGAGGGUUUGUGUUUGAGUGGAAUAUAUGUGUUUUGAGAGAGGACUAGUGUAUGUAGAUACAUGAGAAAGGCAAAUGGGCUGUUAAGAAGAGAGAUGAGAAUGUGUACGUGAGAGAAAAGGGGCAUGAAGGUAAAGGACUUGUAUUCAUAUAAGAGAAUAAGGAUGGGGCACAUCUGUGUGUGAGAGGUUUGGAUGGAAGGGUCUGUGUGUGUGAGGGCAGUGCAAAUGAGAAGACAGAUGGUGUAUUAAUGUGAGCUAAGGGAUGAUUUGGGAAUUUAUAUAUAUGAGAGGGGAUGAAUGAUUAUGUACGUGAAAACAGGAGGGGCAGAUGGGGAGUGGGGUGAGUGUUUAUAUAGGGGGGAGCUGGUUGUCUAUAGGAGACAGGAGAUAGAUCUGUCUGGAAAUGAGAGACUAGAGAUAGGUGGCUCCAUAUUGUAUGAGAAUGGGGAUGGAAGGUCUCUGUAUGUGAGAGAGAAGACAAGAUUCCUUUUAAGUGGCAGAAAGGGGAAGGGAGUUUAUAUGAGAUGAGAGGAUCCAUUUGUUUGAGAAGGCAUUGAGCAGUCUUUGGGACUAAAGGGGAAUGAGCAUUUUUGUGUGUGAAAGAGAGAAUAAAGGGAAAGCAUAGGUAGUAAGUAGGGUUUGGGGGAAGGAGUGAUCUGUUUGUGAAGAAGAGGGGAGUAGGAGAUGGGGUGUGUGAGGGAGAUGUGCAUAUUAUGAAGGGGAGAAGAAGAAUAUAUUGAAAGAUAAGGGACAGGGGCAAUAUGUGUGAGAGUGAAAAAUUAGUUGGGGAUGGAGGUUUAUGAGAAAAAAAAGCACUGGGAUAUGGGUGAGAGAAUGUGGGUAGAGAACCUGGGAAUGAGAGAGGAAGAGGAUGUAGGAUAGGUUGUAUAUGAGAAGUGGGCAAUAUUGGGCUUUAAGAGAAACUGGAAGGAAGGACCUGGGUGGAGCUAAGUUUGUGAGCAGAGGGCUUUAUGUAUGAGAGAGAUGGAUGAGAUGCAGGUGUGGAGGCGAGACAGGGAAUGAGGUUUUUGUGUGCGUAUGUGUGUUGUAUACACAUGAGAGAAGAAAUUUGUGUGUGUGUGUGUGUGUGUGUGUGUGUGUGUAAAUGGAUAAGUCUGAAAUGAAAGUAAGGCUGGGAGAGUGUAAGAAAAUUUAAUAGGAGUGCGAAAGAGAGGGGAAAUGAGUAUAUGUGGGAGGACUGUGUGAAACAGAUGGAGGAUGGGUCUUAGAGAAGGGGAGCAAUUGGGUGAAGGUGUGUUAGUUUAUCAGAGACUAUUUUAUGAUAAGAAUUUGACUGUGAGAAGGAGUAAAUUGUGAGAGAUAGAAGAUGAAUGUUUAUGGAUGUGUGUGAGAGAGGGGAGGGAAGGAAGGAGGGAGAAUGAGCUUAUGUGUGAGAGGGAAUGAAUGGAUGGGUAUGGGUGAGAGUGAGAGGAAAUUCGUGGGCAGGUAUGAGAAGAGGGAUUGGUGUGUGUGAGGGGGGAUAGGUUUAUAUGUCAAAAAGGGAAUAUAUAUACAUUUUGAUAGAGUAGAGAUAGGGAGAUGAGUGUAUAUGGAGAAGGGGUUGUAGGCAUGUAUGUGACAAUGGGUGGGGAAUAGAUUGGUUGGUGAUUAUUCGAGAAAGGAAUAGGGAUGUGUAAGAGUGAAGAUGUGACAUUUUAAUAGGGUAGGGUGUCGUGUGUGUAAGAGAUGGGGCUGGGGAUCUCUAGGGAAAUAGAGGGGUUGGGGGUACAUCGAAGAGAUUGUGAGAGUGAAUGGGAUGGGUGUGUGUACAUCUGGGAGAAAUUGGAUUUGUGUGUGUGUGUGUGUGUGUGUGUGUGUGUGUGUGUGUGUGUGUGUAGGGAGAUCCAGGUCUAUGAGAGAGACAGGGUAGGUAGGUUCAUGUAUCAAUAAGAGACUAGGGAUGGGUGGAUCCACAUAGUAUGAGACUGGGGAUGAAUAGUCAGUGUUUGGAGGCAGUGAUGCGUGUUGACAAGGAGAGGACAUAAGAGUCUGCAUGGGCAAUUUAUGAAGGAUAUGGGAAGGAUAUGAGGGAGGAGUGGGAUGAAGGAAAUGCGUGCAUGUGACUGUGUGUGUAAGAGCUAGGACAGUUUUGUGCUUUGAAGUUUCUGUACUUUAGGGUCAAUGUAUAUUGUGUGUGAAUAGGGAUGGGUCUGGUUGUACAAGAGAAGAAUUGAGCUGGUUUAUGUCAAAAUGGGAUGGGGAGGGCCAUGUACAAGAGGAAGAGUGGAGAGCUUAGUGAGGAGCAAGAUUAGGGAUGAGGGGGCAGCUAGGUGGCUCAAUAGAUCGAAAGCCAGGCCUAGGGAUGGGAAGUUCUGGGUUCAAAUUUGGCCUCAGACACUUCCCAGCUGUGUGACCCUGGGCAAGUCACUUAACCCCCAUUGCCUAGCCCUUACCACUCUUCUGCCUUGGAACCAAUACACAGUAUUGAUUCCAAGACAGAACAUAAGAAUUAAAAAAAAAAAGAUUAGGCAUGAAAGAGGUUCAUACAUAUAUGAGAGGAGGAAUAAGGGUCUGGAGGAGACUGGGGGAGUGUGGUAUAAGAAAUGGAGAAUGUGUAUAUGUUCUAGAUUGUGCAUUUCUGUGCAAGGGAGAGAAGGUUUGGAUUUGGAUGUGGGUUGGAGAUGGAAAUUUAUGAUUCUUCAAGAGAGUAGAGGACGAAAACAUGCAUGAAGAUAUGUGUAUGAGGGAUGUAAGAAUGUGUUAGAGAAAUCUGGAUGUGAAGGGAAUAUGGAGGAGUCUGUGGUUAAUGGGGUAGGGUUCCUAGUGUAUGAGAAUGGAGAUGGGGAGUCAAUUUAUGUGAGAGAAUGAAUGGAGGCCUGUACAUCUGGGCAGAAUAGGGAAAUCUAUAUAUAUGCAUAUCUGAGAGGGGUAUAUAUAUAUAUAUAUAUAUAUACACACACACACAUAUAUAUAUAUAUAUUUGGUGGGGUGGAGAAAGGGAAUGAUAUGUGUUUGAAGAGAGCAGAUAACUGUUGGAGAGGGGAAUAUAAGAGACCUGGGUGUGUGUUGUAAGAGAAGAUCUGUUGUGUGUAUGAAACAAGGACAAUCAAGUAUGAGCUAGUAUGAUUGUGUGAUAAAUGGGGCCAAGUGAUUAUGUGAGGUGGGAUGGGUAUUUUAUGAAAAGGCAAUGGAUAUGUACCUUAGGGAAAGAGGAGGGGAAAGGUGUGGGACAGGAGCAGGGAAUGGGUGUGCAUGUGGAAGCUGAGGUAGAGAGGGGAUGGAGACACAAAGGAGUCUGGGGGAGGAGGGAUGUGGGAGCAUGUAUGAGAGAAGAGACUUGGGAACAUGUAUGAGCUUUGAGAGAGAGACAUCAGCAUGUAUGAGAAGGGUGGGGUGGGGACGUGUGGGAGUAUAUGUGUUUGAGAUGGAGGAUGUAUGUGAGUGUGCUUGGGUGGAUAAGAGAGGAGAUACGUAGAUGUGUAGGUGGAUGAGAGAUGGCAAUGGGGGAGAUGUGUGUAAGGGGGAGAGGAGAUAGGUGCAUAUGUGUAUGGAUUUGGGGUAAGAGAGGCAUGAGUAUGAAAUAUGUGGAUAUAUGUAUGAGAGGUGAGGAUGGGACUAAGAAAGUCAUGAAUGAAGACAUGGAAAAAGUGUGAUUGACAAAAGGAGAAGGGAAUGUAUGCUAAUGGGAGAUGGGAAUGUGGGUCUUAUGUGAGGGGAACUGGGGAGUAUGAAAGAAAAGGGAAGGACAUAUGUGUGUGAAGGGUUGGGAGAGAGGGAUGAAUGUGUGAGGGGAGAAUUGGGGUGUUUGUGAAAUGGAAAGUGGGGUAUGUGUAUGUGGCAGGUGUGCAUGGAAAGAGAAGGCACGUGUAUGAGAAAUGGGGAUGAAUUCUUGUGUGUGGGGAGAUGGAAAGAGUAGACGGCUAUAUAUGUGAGGGAGAAGGAGAAUGGUAUAUAUGGCUGUGUGCUGUGACUAAGGGAGGAGAGAGGUGUGUGAAAAAGGGAUGGAAACAUGCUUGCAUAUAUGUAUAUGAGAAAAGAAAGAUGGCAGAUCUUUCUAUAAGAGGGAGUAUGGGUGGGGUCUGUGUAUGUGAGAGAGAGAGAAUUGGGGGUCUCUGUGAGAAGAGGCAUAGGCUGUCUGUAUCAGAAGAGACACAAGAUUUCUCUUCACAGUACAGGGAGGUUAAGAAGACCUAUAUGUGUAUGAAUAGUUAUUAAGAUUCUGUGUGUGAGAAGGGAGAUGAGGGGGGUUGGUGGGGGGGCAGAGUAUGAUGUUCUGUGGAAAGGAGGGAAGAAGUAAUCUUUGGGGAGUAUAUAAGAAAUGGGAAUGGGCAUGUCAGUGGGUUAGUCAGGAUAGAAGAGGGGGAGAGAAGGGUUGAAAGGGAUAAGAUGGGGGAGGGAAGAGGUAGAAUGAGGCUGUGACAUGCCUGUAUUUAAAAGAGAAAAGUGUAUGUUUAAAUUUGUGUAUAUUUAAGAUAGAGGGAUGAAUAUGUAAGAGGAAAGAUAAAUGUAUGAGAGGAGAGAUACAUGUGUGUGGGGAAGGGGGGCUAAGUGUUAGGAGAAAGAGGUAUAUAGGUAAGUUUGUACAACGUAUGUGUAAAAGAAUGGGCAGGUCGUAGGGAGGAGAGAAGGGGUAUUAAUAUUUUUUGUACAGGAAACAGAAAGGGCAUGGAUAUGUGAGGGAAAAUGGAUGUGGAAUGCAUAGGGUUAUAGGUGUGUAUGGGAGAGGUCCAUUUGUAUGUGAGGGAGAAAAGGGAUGGGCAAGAGGUCCCCAGUGUGGGUAGAAAGAAAGGUGGGUCCUUCAAAAGUGGGAGAAAAUCUGGGUGUGUCUGUGGAAGGGAAAGAAGUGUGUGUGAGGCAAAGAGCUGCUGUAUUCAGGAAGGUGAAAGAUUGUGUGUGUGAGGAGAAGAGAGGAUGGGUAGUAUUUGUGCGGUUGGGAGAAGAGAGGGAGAAGCAUGGGUAGUAGAGAGAGCCAGACCUGGAUGUGCAUUUGAGAGAGAAGGGGGAUGGGUAUUGUCUGGAUAUGAGAAAGAGAAGGCAUCUAUGUUGUGUGUGUGUGAGAGAGAGGGAGAGAGGGGAAGACAUUGGUGUAGAGCAAAAGGGCAAUGGGAUUAGACAUCUGUGUAAAAGAGGGGUGUAUGGGAGAUCUACAUCUAUCUGAAAGAAAGGGAAAUAGGGCAGAUGGACGCCGCUGGUCUCUGGCCUCCCUCCCCUCCUCCGGCUAUGGCACCAACACACCCAGCUCCACAGUUUCUUCGUCCUGCUCCUCCCAAGAGCGGCUUCACCAGCUCCCUUAUCAGCCAACGGUGGAUGAGCUGCACUUCUUGUCCAAGCACUUUGGCAGCACAGAGAGCAUCCCGGACGAGGAUGGGGGCCGUCGCUCACCUGCUGCUCGGCCCCGCUCCCGAAGCCUCAGCCCCGGGCGCUCCCCUUCUUCCUACGACAAUGAGAUCGUGAUGAUGAACCAUGUGUACAAGGAGAGGUUUCCCAAGGCUACGGCUCAGAUGGAAGAGAAGCUGCGCGACUUCACCCGCUCCUUCGAGCCUGAGAGCGUGCUCCCUCUGGCCGACGGCGUCCUCAGCUUUAUCCAUCACCAGAUCAUCGAGCUUGCCCGAGACUGCUUGGCCAAGUCCCAUGAUGGCCUCAUCACCACCGUCUACUUCUACGAGCUGCAGGAGAACCUGGAGAAGCUGCUACAGGAUGCUUAUGAACGCUCCGAAAGCCUGGAAGUUGCUUUUGUCACUCAGCUCGUGAAGAAACUGCUCAUCAUCAUCUCUCGGCCAGCCCGGCUGUUAGAGUGUCUGGAAUUUAACCCAGAGGAGUUUUACCACUUACUGGAGGCGGCAGAGGACCAUGCCAAAGAGGGGCACCUGGUGAAGACCGAUAUCCCUCGUUACAUCAUCAGCCAGCUUGGCCUCACCCGAGACCCCUUUCCAGAUGUAGUUCACCUUGAGGACCAAGACAGUGGAGGCUCCAACACCCCUGAGCAGGAUGACUUUGCAGAGGGGCGUGGAGCUACCCCUAAGGCCAAGAAACCCCCUGGUGAGAGUGACUUUGAGACCAUCAAACUCAUCAGCAAUGGCGCUUAUGGGGCUGUGUACUUGGUGAGGCACCGAGAGACACGCCAGCGCUUUGCCAUGAAGAAGAUCAACAAGCAGAAUCUGAUCCUUCGUAACCAGAUCCAGCAGGCAUUCGUGGAGCGCGACAUCCUCACCUUUGCCGAGAACCCCUUUGUCGUCAGCAUGUUCUGCUCCUUUGAGACCAAACGCCACCUCUGCAUGGUCAUGGAAUAUGUGGAAGGAGGUGAUUGUGCCACACUGCUUAAGAACAUCGGGGCCCUGCCUGUGGAGAUGGCUAGGAUGUACUUCGCAGAGACAGUGCUGGCUCUGGAGUACCUGCACAAUUAUGGCAUCGUGCACCGAGACCUCAAGCCUGACAACCUCCUCAUCACCUCCAUGGGCCACAUCAAGCUGACAGACUUCGGCCUCUCCAAGAUGGGCCUGAUGAGCCUCACCACCAACCUGUAUGAGGGUCACAUCGAGAAGGACGCCCGAGAGUUCCUGGAUAAGCAGGUAUGUGGGACACCCGAGUAUAUCGCACCCGAGGUGAUCCUGCGCCAGGGCUACGGGAAGCCUGUGGACUGGUGGGCCAUGGGCAUCAUCCUCUAUGAGUUCCUGGUGGGCUGUGUGCCUUUCUUUGGAGACACUCCCGAGGAGUUGUUUGGGCAGGUCAUCAGUGAUGACAUCCUAUGGCCUGAGGGGGAGGAAGCCUUGCCCACGGAUGCCCAGCUCCUCAUCUCCUGCCUCUUGCAGACCAACCCUUUGGUGCGCCUGGGUGCAGGGGGUGCAUUUGAGGUGAAGGAGCACAGCUUCUUCCGGGAGCUGGACUGGACAGGCCUUUUACGGCAGAAAGCUGAGUUCAUCCCCAACCUGGAGUCAGAGGAUGACACCAGUUACUUUGACACCCGCUCCGACAGGUAUCAUCAUGUCAACUCGUACGAUGAAGAUGACACGACGGAGGAUGAGCCUGUGGAAAUUCGCCAGUUCUCCUCCUGUUCCCCCCGAUUCAGCAAAGUGUACAGCAGCAUGGAACAGCUGUCCCAGCACGAGCCCAAACCUCCCACAAGUGGCAAACGGGAAGCCAGCACCAAGAGCCAAGAGGAGAAGGCAGCCAGCAAGCGGGAGGGGCUGGGAGGCCUCACGCUGCGAGACAAGAGUUGGAGGGGGGGGUCCCCUGAGAUCAAACGCCUGUCAGCCUCUGAGUCAUCCUUCCUGGAGGGGGAGGCCAGUCCCCCACUGGGUGCUCGACGACGCUUUUCAGCCCUCCUGGAGCCUAGCCGCUUUAGCGCUCCCCAGGAGGAUGAGGAUGAAGGGAGGGUGCGGAGGCCUCCUCGGCCUAGCUCUGAUCCCCCUGGAAGUCUAGACAGCAGAGCUCCCAAGGAAGGAACUGCAGGGGACAGCACCCCAAGCACUGGAGACUCAGAGCCUGGUGAAUUGAUCCCACCGCCAAAAGACGGAGACCCUUCAGCCCCCAAGGCCACCAAUGAUCUGGUCCUCCGAAGAGCAAGGCACCAGCAGCAGAUCUCUGGAGAGCCAGCGGAGAAGCGGCCCUCACGCCCUGGGGGCAAAGUCAUCAAGUCAGCCUCUGCUACGGCUCUGUCGGUCAUGAUCCCCACAGUAGACCAGCAUGGCAGCUCCCCCCUGGCCAGUCCUAUGUCCCCUCGAUCACUUUCUUCCAACCCGUCAUCGAGGGACUCGUCUCCCAGUCGGGACUACUCCCCCGCCGUCAGUGCCCUCCGCUCCCCCAUCACCAUCCAGCGCUCCGGCAAGAAGUACGGCUUUACCCUUAGGGCCAUCCGUGUCUACAUGGGCGACUCGGAUGUUUAUAGCGUCCAUCACAUCGUUUGGCAUGUGGAGGAGGGAGGACCUGCCCAGGAGGCUGGACUCUGUGCAGGGGACCUCAUCACCCAUGUCAAUGGGGAGCCUGUGCACGGGAUGGUGCACCCAGAGGUGGUGGAGCUAAUCCUCAAGAGCGGGAACAAAGUGGCCGUAACGACGACACCUUUUGAGAACACGUCCAUCCGCAUCGGGCCCGCCAGGCGCAGCAGCUACAAGGCCAAGAUGGCCCGGAGGAACAAGAGGCCAGCAGCAAAGGAGGGUCAAGAGAGCAGGAAGCGCAGUUCUCUGUUCCGCAAGAUCACCAAGCAGUCCAACCUCCUCCACACGAGCCGCUCCCUCUCGUCUCUCAAUCGCUCCCUCUCCUCCAGCGACAGCCUCCCUGGGUCCCCGACCCACGGCCUGCCCGCCCGUUCCCCUACACACAGUUACCGCUCCACGCCGGAUUCGGCCUACCUAGGUGCCUCUUCUCAGAGCAGCUCCCCAGCUUCCAGCACCCCCAACUCCCCAGCUUCUUCCUCCCACCACAUCCGGCCUAGCACUCUUCACGGCCUGUCCCCCAAACUGCACCGACAGUACCGCUCAGCCCGCUGCAAGUCAGCUGGCAACAUCCCCCUGUCACCGCUGGCACACACGCCCUCACCCACACAGUCCUCGCCUCCCCCACUGCCUGGCCACACCGUGGGCAGCUCCCACACCACCCAGAGCUUCCCUGCCAAGUUACACUCAUCUCCACCUGUGGUGCGCCCGCGCCCCAAGAGUGCUGAGCCCCCCCGCUCCCCGCUUCUUAAGAGGGUCCAGUCUGCCGAGAAGCUGGGCUGCCCAUUGGGCACUGACAAGAAAGGCGCACUGCGUAAGCACAGUCUGGAAGUGGGGCACCCCGAUUUCCGCAAGGACUUCCAUGGAGAGCUGGCAUUACACAGCCUUGCUGAGGCCGAGGGCGAGACGGGCCCUGCACCUGCCACUGCCGAAGGGCCCGGGGCUCCCCGCCCCCCACCCAUGAGGCGCCUGGGCCGCCAAGAGUCACCCCUGAGUCUGGGUGGGGGAGACCCGCUCCUAGCCGGGCCACGGGGGGGUGAAGGUCCCAAGGAAGAAAAGCCAGCAGCUGGCCCAGGACCUCCUGGUCCAGGCAAAGUCCCAGAGCCCGAAGGGUCUUCCCGUAAGGAAAGAGAAGUGGGCAGCAGUAGGGGGGAGCCCUCAUGGUCAGGGGGCUGCAUCCCUCCUGGGUGCCCGCCUCGGGCCCCAACCCCAGGCCGAACUCUGGAUCGAGAAGGGGCAGGCACAAGGCACCAGGGGGUGCAGACGGAGGACGCAGGUGGGGCAGCCCGGGCCUUGGCCAAGGCAGCCCUGAGCCCGGUGCAAGAGUAUGAGGUGGGCAGACGCAGCAGUGCCAGCGAGGCAGCCACCUCCCCCCGGGGAGGCCCAGGCAGCGACCUGCCCCCUGUACCCAUUGUUGUGGAGCCCAAGUCAGAGGUGUGUAGGCCUCCCCCUGAGGCUCCCGGCGGGAGGGUGGCCAAGGAGCGCUGGGUCCUGGAGGUGGUAGAAGAAAGAACCACAUUGAGCUUGCCCCGAACAAAACCCGCCUCUCCUAAACUCUCUCCGGAGCCCCCAGGCUCCAGCCCUGCUCCAUCCCCCCCCUCUGCUAGGAAUGGGCCUGGCUCUGACCCGGGCCAUCCACAAGUCCCCACUGCCCUCCCUCUCCCAGCGCUCUCGGGCCCCAAGAGUGAAUCGGGGCUGCCUGCUCGCUGUCCUGAGCCGACGCCCGGUCCAGGCCUGGCCAAGAAGGGCUCGGCCAACUGAAGCUGGGCCCAGGCACUGCCCCACCUCCGGACCUUUGUAAACAGGACUGGAGGGGCGGCGGCAGAUUGUACAGUGGGUUGUAUACAUAUGUACACAUAUAAAUAAAGUGCGUGUCACGCA